AUUAUACAUUUCGGGGUGGGGUGGGGUGGGAUGUGCAUUAAGUGCAUUAAUAUCACCCUUGCAGCCGGAACUUUUGUCUGACAUUCAGCAGCGCUGUGGUAUAAUCAGUGUUAAUAAAUAUCAUACUAAUCUAGUGGAAUGUUCAGUUACAAUCUGGUGAACUCCCAUUAUUAAGCAGCGUACACACUGUAUUCAGAUUGCUCAUGCCGUGCAACUAAAUGUUCCUCCACCCAGGAAAUUUCUACAUGGAUAUAUGACACAAUACACUUGAACUUUGCUUCCAGUUAUAUAAUUGCAGAUGGCUUUUUAUUAGAGAUUUAUGGUGGUAGGUUUCUAGUGCAUGCACUUUUGUUGCUAGUCUGUUUGGUUGUAGUUGAGAAAAUGACCUCUUGUCGGAGGAGAGGAAUGGAAGGUAAUAGCUCACAUCCCCGGUCACACACGAAGACACUGCGUGCUUUCUUCUCACUGUUCGGCUCCUCAUGCUCUCCGAGAGUACAUUUGGUGCUUUUAGACCUGUAAAGUCCUGUAACUGUGUGAAGGGGAAAUCUGUUAAAAGGUUAAAAGAGUGUCAGCUUUUUAGGCACGAAGGGGAUGAUGAGGGGAAAUUUUUCUUCCCCAUUGAAUAGUGAUAAACGACAUGGAAGGAUAAAACUGUUACGUCUAAUGCAAAAUGUGUCUCACUUUAGCAAAAGUCAUGCAAUCUUCAAGUCGAACGCUUUUCAAUAAUUAUGCAUGCUCAAGUAGAUUAAAGGUCCCAAAUGAUUUACUUCUCUCUCUUGGUAUGUCUCUCUUUCUGCCAUCUCAGAUAAAAUCAGUAUUUAUUAAACUCAUCAAAUACUAUAUAUGAUUCGUAAUCUUGGCAGAACUUCAGGACGGUUCCUAAUUUAGCCCACCACAUAUACACCCCCCCCCUGUAUAUGUGCUAUUUCAGAGGCAUGGCCCCGCCUGCUGCUCUCUCUCUCCGAGCCCUCCUCUUUCCCUUUCCUCUCCUCCUUCUUUCACCAGUGCCUGGAACAUGCUGUCUGUCUGAGAAGAGCUACACAGUGUGAGAAAAGUUUUGCAGGGACACGCUCACUCACAUACACGCACAUACACACACACACACUCAACAAGCCGGCAGCAAACAUGGGGCAGUUGUUGAGCUUGUUACGGGGAACGCAGGGGCCUUCGGCUCCGGAGGACACCGCCGUGGAACAACAGUCUCAGCCUAAACAGUCGACUUCCACCCCAUCAGUGCCGGUCUCAACUGUGAAACCUGCACAACAUGAGAAAGGGGCUGCAUCAUCAACCGCUGCAGGUGCAGCUGCAAAGCCUGCAACCACCAGAGCCUCUGCAGCCACUACUACUGUCGGUACCCAGAGUACAUCCACUGCAUCUUCUGCAGCUGCAAGCUCAGUGACCAAUGUAGGGGCUACUACAGGAGCUAAAGUCAGUGGAGGAGUAACCACCACUACUGGAUCUUCUGGAGCAAGCACCACUACAGGAUCUUCUAAAGCCACGACGCAGGCCCCACCCGUGUCUUCUGCCAAGGCUCCAUCUGUUAGCGCUGGAACAACAGGUUCAAUAGGUGGAGCAGGAAAACCUCCUACAGAACUGGUUAAGCUCACAGACACUUCAAAAGUCCAGGAACCUUCUAAGGUGACCUCCACAGUAACAAAGCCAACUGCCACCACUGUUGUUUCUGGAACCCCUGGCCAAAAGGAUGAUGUUAAGUCAAAAGAAGCCAAGGUGAAGUCGGAGGUUUCGGCGAAGGCCAGCACUCUGGUGCCUGCUGUAGAUCCAUUUGAUUCCUUGGCUGACAGUUUGCCAUCCGCAAAGCCUUCUGAACGUCCUCGGUUUACUGGGCCUGAAGUCACAGAGCCUAGCAUAACCUCAGCAGUGGCUCCCCGCUGUGGAGAGAGAGAUGACACACUGCCGCCUGGAUACAGACUAAAAGACAUGGAAAAGAAGAUGCCUAUUGGACAGCCUGAGAAGCCCAAGGAAGUUUCCAAGUCCUCAACAUUGGAUGAUGCUGUGGACUCUCUCUCUGCUGGAUUUGUAUCAUCUACACCUCCCGGUGCAUCCAAACCAGAAGUGAAACAUGAAACUGUGGUUGCUGCCGAUACCCGCAAAAACUACGCCCCUGCUCCUCCUGCUCAGAAAAAACAAGAUGUUUCUGUGCCUGCAAGUCUGUCUCCUGCUCCUCCUGCAGACAAGAAACCAAAGACAGAGAAAAGCGCUAAAGAUGCCGUGACUGCAGCCGCUCAGGAUGUCAAGCCAAAGACUGAGAAGGAAAAAAAGGUUUCUGCAGAUAAACCGAAGCAAGACCCCAAGGCAGAUCCCAUGUCUCUGGAAGCUCUUGACGCUCUAGGUGACACAUUACCUGAAGCAAAACCAGUUCCCAAGCCCCCAAAACUCAGACCUGAUCAAAUUGUUGAUGAGAAGAAGCUGAAGUCAGAGAAAGGUGUUCGUGUGGGCGAGAGAGACGACACACUGCCACCUGAGUACAGGUUCAAGGAAGACAAGGACAAGAAGCCAUUGCCUCCUCCACCAAAAGAGCCCUCCAUGGACACGACUGAGGCGCUGGAUAUUCUGUCUGGAGAUUUCACUGACGCCACUGUAGCUCCUGCUGUCCACACCCCUGCUCCUCCUAAACCCCAAGCCAAGCAGCCCAAAGUGGAGGAUCUUUCAGCUCUUGAUGCUCUGGCAGGCGAUUUUGUGGCUCCUGUCCAAGCCAAAAAGGUCUGUUCUGGAGUACCUCCUGUCCCAAAACCAGCUACUAAAAGCACUCCACCCACCUCUGCACAGGCAGAUCCUAUGUCUCUGGACGCUCUUGACGCGCUAGGUGACACAUUACCUGAAGCAAAACCAGUUCCUGAGCCCCCAAAACUCAGACCUGAGCAAAUUGUUGAUGAGGCAAAGCUAAAAUCAGAGAAAGGUGUGUUUGUGGGUGAGAGAGACGACUCCCUCCCUCCAGAUUACAGAUUCCUUAAGGAAGACCCCAAAUCACAGCCUCCACCCCCCAAAAAAGAGCCCUCACUGGACCCGGCUGAUGCUCUGGAUAUCCUUUCUGGAGAAUUCACCAGCACGUCAGCAGCACCCGUAGUCCAGACCUCUGUUUGUCCCUCGGCUCCCCCAGCAUACAGCUCAGAAGACGUUGCUCUUGACGAACUUGCCGGUGAUUUCGUGGCUCCCACGAGAGCAUCUAAAGUCUGUUCUGCUGCUUCAGCUCCCACUACAACUGACACACAGGCAGAUCCCAUGUCUCUGGAUGCUCUUGACGCUCUGGGAGGCAUGUUACCUGACGCGGAACCAGUUCCCGAGUCCCCAAAACUCAGACCCGAGGAAAUUGUUGAUGAGGCUAAGCUAAAAUCAGAGAAAGGCGUGUUUGUGGGUGAGAGAGAAGACUCACUCCCUCCAGAUUACAGAUUCCCUAAGGACGACCGCAAAGCGAAGCCUCUACCCCCAAAGAAAGAGCCGUCCAUGGAUCCGACUGAAGCUCUGGAUAUCCUUUCUGGAGAUUUCACCAGCUCAUCGGUGGCACCUGUAGUCCAGACCCCUGUUUGUCCUUCAGCUCCCCCAGCAGACAGCUCAGCAGACUUUGCUCUUGAGGAACUUGCCGGUGAUUUCGUGGCUCCCAUGAGAGCAUCUAAAGUCUCCUCUGCUGCUUCAGUUCCUCCUACAACAGAAAGACAGCUGUCAGAAGGUACCACGUCAGCCAUGGACGCUCUCUCGGACACUCUCAAUGACAUUCGUCCAGUGCCUGAGCCAGAACCAGUGCCUCCUAAGCACGUCGUUAAGGAGAAAGAGGUGGUGGAGGAGAGGGUGUCUAAGCCUGGUGAGAGAGAUGACUCGCUUCCUCCUGAGUAUCGCCCCACAGAGGCGGAUAUCAAGGCUGCAGCAGAAGCCAAAGCCAAAGCACCGACUGCACCUAAGCAGCCCUCAUUCGAUGACUCCAAAGCCCUUGACAUUCUGUCCGGUGACUUUGUUUCUGGGUCUGUGACUAAACCUGCAGCUCAGUGUCAGGCUCCUCCUGCAAAGACAUCCUCCUCCAGCCAGCAGGAGUCAGGGCCAGUAUUGGACAAACUGGCAGGUACACUGCUACCAGCAGAUUUCCCUGACACCAAACAACGCGACAGCAAACCAAAGGGUAAAGGUAGAAAGUCAAAAUCUGCACCAAAGAAACCUGCAGUGGCCGAUGUCACAGCCGCGGAACCCCUCCCCGCCAAGCCGACCACAGACGUAGUGUCCUCGUCCCCUACAAAGAAAGGCAGGAAGAGCUAGAUCUCGCACACCAGCUGCUGCCAACACAAAGUGAUAAACAGAUGGCAAUCCAAGAAGCUGCUUCAGUGAAUACAUACAUAUUAUGUGUUGUAAUGGUAGAAAGGUGUACAGAACUUUUUAAAUGGAAAAAAAAAACACAUCCAACCCAGAUGCUUUUAAAACACCAGCACAAAUUGUUCCAUAUGUAAAAAUCCGAGCGCUGAUCUCUGAUGUUUCGAGCACGUGCGUUAUUAUGACUACUCCUAGAUCAGCAUAAAUACCCAUACGUACAUGAGCACGUGCAGAAGCAUUAAUAAAAAGAAGGGCACUUAUUUUCCAUUUGGAACCAUGCCUUAGUCACCAUUAUACUUCAACAUCUCUUUAAGAAAUUGAUUAGGAAUUCUAAUAGUAAUGCAUGAUUUUUAUUUUUAUUUUUUUUUAUUUGGGGAAUUUCUUUAUUAAUAAGUGUUAUAUUGCCACUCACUUAUAGACACUAGUGUACAGCACUUCCACUUUGGUUUACUUCAUCUAGUUUACAGUAUAGAGUUGUGUUAAAGGAGUGUAGAGUAAUGGAUAAUGGAUGAUGCCUGUUGUACUUCUAUAUAAUUUUGAAUGAUAUUUGUGAAAAAAAAAAGGGCUUUCCUGUGUACGUGUGUCUUUUAGUAGGGCUGUCUUGUUUUGUUAUUUUUAUUUUUAUAUAUAGUUUUUUUUUUUGCAAAAUAAAGUGCUCUGCUAGAAGCAGCCCAUACAAACGCAGGAGGUCUGAACGCGAUUACUGGCAUGGCUUACCAGACAAAUGAGCUUCCUUUAAGCACCAGUGAAGCUGUUAUGUGGUUAGUGUAUGAUUCAUAUGUAACACCACCUGAACUUGUCCUGUAGAUGCGCUAUUGGCGUGUUGAUCACAGCUUGAGUAGGAUGUGGCAGACCAUGUAUGAAUCUUUUUGUUUCAUUUUCAUCUUAGUCGAACAGCACCACUAGUGUGUGUGUGUGUGUGUGUGUGUGUGUUCUAGACACCUUAUUUUGCGUACAGCUUUAAUCAGGAUAAGUCUUCCAUAAACAUGCUAUAUUGUUUUAAUUCUUUUUAGUUUUGUUUCACUUUAUCUUCCUGUCAAGGUGAUAUCAAUUACAAUACUGUGCCUUUCUGCUGAAGUGCAAUCUCAUAUUAACCCAGGGACAGAGAUAUGGAGGAGGGUUUUUUUUUUUUUUUUCUGGUUAAAUAAAAAAAAGAGAUUUAAAAUUGUCAA